AUGGGGAAAUCAUCCUUGGCUCCUGGGUUUCGGUUCAAGCCAACUGAUGUUGAGCUUGUGCAAUACUACUUGAAGAGAAAGUUACUGGGGAAAAGGCUCAGUUUUAAAGUCAUUGCAGAGGUUGACAUUUACAAGUAUGAUCCUUGGGAUCUUCCAGACAAAUCUUGCUGGGAUUGUGGAGAUCUGAAAUGGUAUUUCUUUUGUCCGAGAGAAAAGAAAUAUCGUAGUGGGAAUAGAAUUCAACGUGCCACUGAAGGUGGUUACUGGAAGACCACGGGAAAGGAUAGAUCCGUUCUUUACAGUGGUGCAAUUGUUGGGUGGAUAAAAACUUUAAUUUUUCAUACGGGUCGAGCCCCAUCAGGAGAUCGAACAAAUUGGGUUAUGCAUGAGUAUAGGCUUGAAGAUCAGGGCCUGGCUGAUAGGGGUGUGCCUCUGGACUCAUAUGUACUCUGCAUGAUUUUCCAAAAAGAAGGGCUAGGGCCAAGAAUUGGUGCACAAUAUGGUGCACCCUUUAAAGAGGAAGACUGGAGUGAUGAUGAGGUUGAAAUUACUUCAGAAGCAGUCCAAGUUGCAAUCACGCCUGAGCCAGAUCUUGGGCUGCCUUGCAAUUAUGUCAGCCCAACUGCUACUAAUGCACAUUCUGUUGGGGAUAUUGGCGUAGGUCCAUCUGGAUCAGGCAUUUAUGAUAUUUUACCACCUUUUUGCGAGGUUUCCCAGCCGGUUUCCAGUAAUUACGUUAUACUGGAGAUGCCUCUUGCUUCUGUUGGUGAUGAUAUAAUUUCAAUGUUUGAUUGCUUUACCGAAGAAAGUGCUCUCUAUACAGAUGAACCUAAAAAAGUUGAGGCGGAAGGUCGUUUAGAAACAGUCCAAAAUGCAAACAUGCCUAGUACACAUUCCCCUGAAGUUAUAGGCGUAGGUCCUUCAUUCGAAUCAUGCGGAUUUGAUGUCUUACCACCUUGCAAUGUUAACGAAUCGGUUUCCUGUAAUUUUGUUACAAUGGAGAACCCUCCUGCUUCUAAUGGUGUUGAGACCCUGCCAAUUAUGGAUUGCUUUGCAGAAGAAAGCAUGUUUCUUGUGAAUGAUAAUGGCAAAAAUGAGGAACUUAAUAAUCUCGAACAUUUGGGCAAUGCUACACCUCAUUUCAAUACAAGCAACAUAUAUGAAGAUCUAGGAGACUUGGAAAACUUGGGUAGAGUUGGUGAAGUCGGAUAUAAUUUCUGCAGUGAGCCUGAUUCUAGGAGCCAUUUUCUGGAGCUAUAUGAUCUCGACCAACCUCAGCAUCCUAAUCUCUUCUUUUAG